AGCGCCGGGGGUGAGUCACCGUUCGGCAAUGGAGUGGGCGGGUGCGUGUGUAAGAGAAUGAAUGAUGUCAGGCAGGAGCGCGGCUCCGGUGGCGAGCAUGAGACUCGCGGUAAACACGACAGCGGCAGCCCCGAGUGAGCGCUGCCCUCUCCGGUCCCCGCUCCGGAGCCGCCCUUCAGCAGGGCAGCGCUUCCAGCUGCGGUUCUGCUGAGGUACCGCUGCGGGUAGGAACCUCUCUGGGAAGUGUCGCCUCCGCUGACGCUCUUAAAAGCCCGUCUCCUGCGCCAGGAAGGAGAAGAGGCUGGGAGAGGACCAAAUUGCAGGGGAAGGUAGAGAUCGCGGCAAACUUUCUAGCUGCUUCUGCAUGCUGUUGCCUCACUGGUGGGAGUGUCUGGCCAGAAGGAACUGCAAAGCCCAAACCUGAGAGCCCUGAGGCUCCAAAAAAGACUUUCAACUGCCUGUAGAGGAGGAACUGCCAGCAGUGAAAGCUUUUGUAUAUGCAGCGCAGUAGAUGAUACAGUUCUAGGGAAAAAGAUUUGUCUUCACCACUAGCUUCACCCUAUCUGGAUAGUGAAAGCACAAUGGACACUUUUUAGAGUUUUACAGAAAUCAUCCAGGAACAAGAACAUUAGACUUCAAGGAAUAACAGACGCCAGAGAGCCCAGAAACUGGUCACUGACAAACCUGAUUUUGGCCAUACAGCUUGGGAAUGAAUACCAUUGAGACAGCAAAACUUGAAGAACAUAUGGAGGGUCAAACCAGUGAGACUUCUAAUGGCUACUCACGACCUGCUCUCUCAGUCAGUGAAGAGAACAAAAAUGGCACUAGCAAACCGAAGGGCUUGUCUAAUGGCUUGCGAAAAACCACAAAGAAAUACCCUGAUUACAUCCAGAUUGCUAUGCCUGCUGAGUCUAGGAACAAGUUUCCUUUGGAAUGGUGGAAAACGGGUAUUGCCUUUGUCUAUGCUCUCUUCAACUUGAUUCUAACAACUGUCAUGAUCACUGUGGUCCAUGAGAGAGUACCUCCAAAGGAGCUAAGCCCUCCCUUGCCUGACAAAUUUUUUGAUUACAUUGAUCGUGUGAAAUGGGCUUUUUCUGUAUCAGAAAUAAAUGGAAUGAUACUAGUCGGGUUAUGGAUAUUCCAGUGGUUAUUUCUAAGAUACAAAUCAAUAGUGGGACGCAGGUUUUUCUUUAUAAUAGGAACUUUGUACCUGUACCGCUGCAUUACUAUGUAUGUUACCACCUUACCUGUGCCUGGAAUGCACUUUCAGUGUGCACCCAAGUUGAAUGGAGAUUCUCAAGCCAAGGUUCAGAGGAUCCUGCGUCUAAUUUCUGGUGGUGGUCUCUCCAUAACUGGAUCACACAUCCUGUGUGGAGACUUCCUUUUUAGUGGUCACACUGUGGUGUUAACGCUGAUCUAUCUGUUCAUCAAAGAGUAUUCACCACGUCAUUUCUGGUGGUAUCACUUAAUCUGUUGGCUAAUGAGCGCUGCUGGCAUAAUUUGUAUCCUUGUUGCUCAUGAACACUAUACCGUGGAUGUCAUCAUUGCUUACUAUAUCACCACACGGCUUUUCUGGUGGUACCACUCGAUGGCUAAUGAAAAGACUUUAAAGGUGUCAUCGCAGACAAACUUUCUCUCUCGAGCAUGGUGGUACCCAAUAUUUUAUUUCUUCGAGAAGAACGUGCAAGGCUCAGUUCCUUGCAGCUUUUCCUGGCCGAUAUCUUGGCCUCCCAGUUGCUUCAAAUCUUCAUGCAAAAAGUAUUCACGGGUUCAGAAGACAGGAGAGGACAAUGAAAAAUCUACCUGAAGUGAAGAAGGAAAGCAUCUGCUUUGUUUUGUUGGUGGUUGUUUUGUGGUUUGUUGUUUGGGGGUUUUUUGUUGGUUUGGUUUUGUUUUGUUUUUACCAAAACAUUAAUGCUGUAACCAAAGCUCUUAAGACUACACUAACUGAAGAAGUGGACCAACAUUCUGUGCAACUGAUUGGAAAGACAACUGUAGAGACACUUAAUGUUUUCCUAUCAUUGGGCUGUGCAGACCUAUUCUACUCUUCAGUGCUAAUAGAAUGCACCACAGACGGGAUUUUU